CAAAACCAUUAGUGGAGCGAACUUUUUUUUGGCGUCGAAAAGGUUCGCGAUAUUCCUUCUCCUUUGCCGUCCACACCAACACCCAUCUCAGUCUUCUUCUUUUCCCCCAACACAAAUUUCCUCACAAAGGAAUAACACAGACUGCAAAGAUGGCCCCCGCAAAUCUGCCCUCGGUCUUCAACGCGACCAGCCAGGACAUUGAGAUGCUCCUGGCGGCGCAGUCGCACAUCGGCUCCAAGAACCUCCAGGUUCACAUGGCCCCUUACCUGUGGAAGACCCGUCAGGAUGGUGUCAACGUCAUCAACGUUGGCAAGACCUGGGAGAAGAUCGUCCUCGCUGCCCGUAUCAUUACUGCCAUUGACAACCCCGCCGACGUCUGUGUCAUCUCUGCCCGUCCCUACGGUCAGCGUGCCGUCCUCAAGUUCGCUGCCCACACCGGCGCCCAGGCCAUCGCUGGUCGUUUCACCCCCGGUAGCUUCACCAACUACAUCACCCGCUCGUUCAAGGAGCCUCGCCUGAUUGUCGUCACCGACCCCCGCACCGACGCCCAGGCCAUCAAGGAGGCCAGCUACGUCAACAUUCCCGUUAUCGCCCUCUGCGACACCGACUCGCCCACCGAGUACGUUGACGUUGCCAUCCCCACCAACAACAAGGGUCGCCACGCCAUCGGCUGCAUCUGGUGGAUGCUUGCCCGUGAGGUCCUCCGUCUUCGCGGUACCAUCUACAACCGCGAGACCCCCUGGGACGUCAUGGUCGACUUGUACUUCUACCGCGACCCCGAGGCCGAGGCCGAGGACAAGGUCGAGGAGGAGAAGCUUGCCGGCGUCGAGGAGGUUGGCCCGGCUGCCAUCGAGUCUGGCUUCGCUACCGGUGGUGGCGACUGGGAGGCUACUGCCCCUGCCGCCGCUUCCGGCUGGGACGACGCUGCUGCCCAGCCCCAGAACUGGGACUCUGCCGCUCAGGGUGCUGCCUCAUGGGACGAGGCUGCCGCCCCCAAGGAGGGCCAGUGGUAGAUGCAGUUGAAAAAAAUGCCAAAAGAAAAAAAAUCCGAUGGAAGGAGUUGGUGCGGUCGUGAGCCCUGUCGGGAGAAGCAAGAUAGUUAGGGUUGGAAAAACUGCCUUGUCUUCUCUUCAACAAGAUAUCCCCCUGAACAACAACGAAGUCGACACAUUUUUGAAGCCCAACAACCGGUCAAUAUGCUACCCGGGACGAAAGGUUACACUUGAUCUGCACUAAUGAGGGAAAGAAACCCGACACAGACUGAUGCAGCUGGUUUUGGCAACUGUUAGCAUCUGCGAAGGGAGAAUGCCCUGUGCGGCCAAGAGGAGUGGACUUAAUCGUUAUUCCGCCUUUUGUAUCCAGUGACAGAAUAGAUCGUUCAAAAAAGUUGAAAAAGCCCGCACAACGACCGAUGUAUAUAUUAAAAUGUUCUUUGAUGUGAUGGUGUAGUAUCUACGCCGGUGGACCUCGCAAGACACCCACUUGGGAUGUCACUUG